AUGUAUUUAACCUAUCCUCUUCAAUACAGAAUUCCUAUUUCAUUUCUUUCAGCCUAUCUCCCAAUUUGCAUUAUCUUGAAAUCUCAUUUCCACAUUUUUAAUAACCAAUUCAAUCAAAAAAUGAAUCGGAUUUCCUGCUCAGUAUGUGGGGACGAAAGAUGCCAGCAAAACAAUUUUUUCAUCGAAUCUGUAUACGUCCUUGAAGAUUCCAUCUUUUCCCAGCUUGCAAAUGACCUACAGCUUUCGCUUUGCGAAAGCCAUUCAGAAUGCUAUUUAAGCUACCCUCCAUCUCUAAAACAAACAUUUAAGUACAAUCGCCAGCAGCUUCGAGACGCCUGCAAAUUUAUGGGUGUAAAAAUCCACGAUGCGCAUACUAUUACAACCCAAAUUUUUAGCUUAAUUUCGUCACAUAUAAAAUCAAAAACACGUAUUAGGGAAGGAGAAAUUUAUCAGAUAAUUCCGGCUUUGACUUUAUCGAAUUCAGCAUUUGAAAGGUUUGCAAAAGAAGCCUUAUAUUCUCAAGAGUAUUUGGGAGAGCAGCAUAUUAUUGAUUUUAGAAUUGCCUGUGAGGUCGUUUCUAAGAGGAGACCUGUGAUCGUGCUGCUAGGCGGGGCAUCGGGGACUGGAAAAAGCACUUUAUCGUCUUUAUUGGCAAGCCGAUUAGGAAUUUCUAGCAUGCUUUCGACAGAUUCAAUUAGACAUAUACUGAGAAAUGUGCUGCAUAGGGACCAGGAUCCGAUUUUGUUUUGCUCCACAUAUGAGGCAGGGAGUUUAGUUAAGGCUGAAGGGCUUACACCUAAGCAAGCCUGCAUUCAAGGAUAUUUAGAGCAGUCAGAUAAAGUUAUAAGCUACCUUGAUAGCGUAAUAGAAGACUACCACCGUCGAGGAGAAAGCAUUGUGAUUGAAGGUGUCCAUCUCCAUGUAGGUGCAAUUAAAAAACUAAUGAAAAAAUACGACUCCUGCAUCCCUUUCAUUAUAAUGAUAAAAAACACUAAAAAACAUAAAGAAAGAUUUGCAGUUCGCAGCAAAUGCAUGACCCUUGACCCAAAAUUAAAUAAAUAUGUAGCGAGCUACCCGAAUAUCAGAGAAAUCCAAAAGCGAUUUAUAUUAAAAGCUGACGAGUGCUUAAUCCCAAAGGUUGAUACUAGUAAUCUUGAUAGAUCUUUAGGGCUGUGCCAUGCUACUAUUGUAAGAUGCUUAAGACAGGUUUGUAAUGGAUCAAGCAUAUAUGAUUUGGAAAGAAAGCAAACUGUCCUUGUGCAUGAAGAAUUUAAUUUUGUGGCGAAAAAUAUAUGGUCAAGUAAGCUGGCUCAUGAGAUGAUUAAGACGAAGGUCAAUAAAGGAGAACUUUUUAAGAGAUUUUUUAGAGAUGGGGAAAGCUCGCCUGCUGGAGAAUUUGAGAAUGAAAAUGAAAAAAAAGAAAAUAAAUCAGAGGAAACUGGUAGUGAAAGUCCAGAAAUUGGGUCGAUUGUUUCAGGGAGUGAAAUGUUUGAUUUUACCCAUAAUAGGCAGCUCCCGGAAAUUAAAGAGCUAGAAAAUGGAGACUCCGUUAGAGGGAUUGAUGAGAGCGAAGAAGAAGAUAUUGAGAGAGAUUCGUCACAUGGUGGAGAUUCGAAUAGCUAUAGCUCUGGAAAUAGCAAUAACCACUCAAUUCAUGAAGAAGAUGAGCAGCCAGAAGGCUUAGAAGUUCCACCGGCUGCUAAUGUUGGCCAAAAUUCGCCACGAAAUCAUCAUAGGCAGGUAAGUGUUUAA